AUGAAAAGUAUAAGUACCGACAAGAUUUGGAAUUAUAAAGGGAAACAGAAAGCUACAUUCGUAGAUCAAGAUCCAGAUCAAAAUCACUCUGAAACAGUUCCGACAACGAAUCCAAAUUCAGUCAGCAACACGAAUACGAAUUCAACAGGAGGUAACCAUCCUUUCAUUCGUAUUCACGAACCAUCUCCACCUUCCUCCCCUUCCUCUUCGUCAUCAAGACGUCCCGCCAAGAUGCAGACGGUACAUGAAGGCCAACAUCAUCAAUCCCGUGGUUUAAAGACCAAAGUGAAGAAUUACUUUGGAUACACCGAUACCACACCUGAGACCAUCUCAGUCAUUAGUUGGGCAAAAAGUGCAACCCCAAAUGCUAGAUCAGGAGUGAAGAAUUAUCUUCUCUCCCUCUUCCCUUUCUUACAAUGGGCUCCAAGGUAUAACUUGACAUGGUUGUUCGGUGAUCUCGUUGCCGGUAUUACCGUCGGUAUGGUCUUGGUACCUCAAUCCCUCUCCUAUGCCAAAAUCGCCUUACUCGAACCUCAAUACGGUCUCUACUCCUCCUUCAUCGGUGUGCUCACCUAUGCUUUCUUCGCCACUUCGAAAGAUGUCUCUAUCGGUCCUGUGGCAGUCAUGUCAUUAGAAACCGGAAACAUCAUUGCCAAAGUUCAAUCCGAAUUUGGCGAUCUCUACUCCGCUCCGUUAAUCGCAACUGCUCUAGCGUUCAUUUGUGGUUUCAUCGUGUUGGCAAUUGGAUUGUUGAGACUUGGAUGGUUGGUUGAAUUUAUUCCUCAACCUGCGGUAUCGGGAUUCAUGACUGGUUCAGCCCUCAACAUCGCCGCUGGUCAAGUUCCAGCUUUGAUGGGUUUAGCCAAGAGGUUUAACACCAGAGACGCAACCUAUAAAGUCAUUAUCAAUACUUUGAAGAACCUUAGAUUCAGUUCAUUAGAUGCUGCCUUUGGAGUGACUUCUCUGGCUUUGCUGUACUUUAUCAAAUGGGGUUUGGCCUGGGUAGGGCAAAAGAAACCCAGAUAUGCCAGAGCUGCAUUCUUCGCUUCUUGUGUCAGACACGCUUUCGUCAUCAUCAUCUACACCAUCAUCUCAUGGCGAAUCAACAUUCACCACAAGACCGCCCGAAUCGCCCUGGUAGGUAGUGUACCAUCUGGUCUUCAACACGUUGGUAGACCCGAGAUCACCGGUGAACUCAUUGCUGCCAUCGGUCCUCACAUCCCAGUCGCCACUAUCAUCUUAUUAUUGGAACACAUCUCGAUUUCAAAGUCUUUCGGUCGAUUGAACGGAUACAAGAUCAACCCCAACCAGGAACUGAUUGCCAUCGGAGUGAACAACACCCUCGGUACCCUUUUCUCUGCUUAUCCUUCCACCGGUUCCUUCUCUCGAUCAGCCUUGAAAUCCAAAGCGGGUGUACGAACUCCCGCUGCAGGUCUGGCCACUGGUGUAGUAGUCAUUGUCGCCCUAUACGCCGUUGCCCCUGCUUUCUACUGGAUUCCUAAUGCCACUCUUUCAGCCUUGAUCAUCCACGCCGUAGCGGAUUUGGUUGCUUCUCCCAAGCAUUCUUAUGCUUUCUGGAGGGUUUCACCUUUGGAAUACAUCAUCUUUGUCGGUGCGGUCCUCUGGUCAGUCUUCUACACAAUCGAGUCCGGUAUCUACUGGUCUCUCGCCACCUCCAUCGUUUUGUUAUUGGUCAGAUUGGCUAGACCCAAGGGACAUUUCCUCGGUCGAGUGAGGAUCAAGCCUGAAUCUGCUGAAGGCGGUCAUCAAACCAGAGACGUGUAUCUGCCACUCUGUUCAGAAGCUCAUCAAGAUAUCCCCGUCGAAGCUCCUCCACCUGGUGUGGUGAUCUACCGAUUCGAAGAAUCUUUCUUAUACCCCAACGCUUCAUUGAUCAACGAUCGAAUUGUCAACUACGUCAAACAACAUACUAGACGAGGUAAAGAUUUCACUGGUAUCUCAGCAGGUGAUAGACCAUGGAACGAUCCUGGACCCAAAGCCAAAGACGCCGCGAUCUUAGCAGAGAACGACUUGACCAAACCUAAACUUCGUGCUGUCAUCUUGGAUUUCACCGCUGUAGCCAACCUCGAUACGACCGGUGUACAAAACCUGAUUGAUACCCGAGUAGAAGUUGAGAAAUGGGCAGAUGCCAAAGUUGAAUUUCAUUUCUGUGGUAUAUUGUCACCUUGGAUUAGAAGAGCUUUGAUUGCCGGUGGAUUUGGACAGGGAAACACCAGAAAGGGAACUGCAUUGGAAGUCGCUCCUGCUGUGAUCGAAAAUUUGGAGAAUGUAGCUUCGCCUCAUCCCGUUCCUGAAAGAGAUGAAGAUGGAUUCCCAAUUAACAAUAGACCGAUUGACAUCGAGACUGGCCAAUACGAUCAGGACCAACAAGGUGGAAGUGCAAGUGGUACAUCUUCAUCUAGGGGUUCGUACGUUGACGAAAAGGACGCUCAUGGAGUAUCAUUAAGCAAGGAUGGAGGCUAUGCAAGGAGAAGAACUUCAGAGAAUUCACAAAAGACUGUUCCACUGGUGGAUCGAUCGACUCCAUUCUUCCAUUUUGAUCUACACGAUGCUAUCAACUCGUUGCAUCUUACGGAAGAUCAAUAG